AUGACAGACGAGUUCAAAUUGUCAGGUUAUUUUAGUUUUCUGAGUUAUCAUGUCACGUCAGACACUUACAAAUUGGAUGAUAUUGAAUGGUAAGUUGACCAAAAGCCUAGCAAAUCAAUCAACGUCAUAGUCAUAUUUCAGGAUGUUCUCUGUGAGCUCAAAAGAUCGUCAAGUUUUGAAUGUUCUAAUUCACAACAGUAAUUCAAGCAAUCUCCAAUCUUUUGACACCAACAUCAAAAUCAAUUUGAAGUAUGACAACGGAACGAAUUUGGAGAAAACUUUCGAUGUCAAAUUCGACUACAAAAACAACACACAUUGCAUCGAUUUCGUUUCUAUUGAAGAAUUCGAAAAGCAUCAAAAUUAUUUUCAUCCUUUCACAAUGAAUGUAGUUAUGAAGGUUUCGAAAAUUGCUCCAAUUCGAAAAACCACCGACGAAAUUGAUUUAUGCGAAAAGGAUUCGGUAUUCAAUGAUAUUGUUUUGCAAUUCGAAAAUUCUAAAGUGCUAUAUUCAAGCAAAGCGAUGUUAUCAAUCCAUUCAAAAGUUUUCAACACAAUGUUCAAUUCAAAUUUCGAGGAGAAAUAUCAAACCAAAAUCAAACUUGACGAUGAUUUUGAAGAAUUCAAGACAAUGUUGAUGAUUAUCUAUCCAUCAAAGAAUGUUGUCAAUAGCAAGAACAUUGAGAUUCUCAUGAAAUUAGCGGAUAAAUAUGAUAUGUCACAAUUAAUGGAUAAAUGUGUUGCGUUUGUAGAAAAGGAUGGAAAUGUUCAAAAUGACUUGAGAUUAUUGUUAGCUGAUAGAUAUAAUCUCCCAAAAGUUCAUGUGAGUUUUUUCUUUUUUGAAAGAAAAUAACACAUUGAAAGUUAUUUCAGAAUAAAUGUAUUCGAAAUUUCAAAGAUAUGGAAUCAUUGGAAAAAUUCGAAGAAUCUGAAGUUUUUGGAAACCUCACACAAACAACUCAAGUAGCAGUUCUCAAAAGAGCAUUCGGACUUUCGAGCCAAGAAAAGAAGGAUGGAGGACCGAUGGCUAAAAUUAAACGAGCUCAAGAAAAAGGCUUUAAUUAA